CAGUAGUUCCUAUUAUAGCGGAGGAGCACUUUGCUGCUAAUGAGAAUGCUGAAGUUGGAAAGACCUUUCACUGAGCCAGCUGGCCUAGACUUGGAUGUGGCUAACACAGAUUUUGCUGCUGAACUAAAAGCUGAAGGCAAACUCGGGUUGUUCUUUGAUAGGGCCAGAGCUUUUCGGGAACCAAUUGCUGUCACCCUCAACGUGACUGCGUAUUACAAUGGAAUUGUUUCCACCAUUUACGAGUCCAUGACUCACCUACUCCAGACUAAGAAGACAGAGUUUAACAACAACACCAAUAUCACCAACCGACUCACUCAAGUUUCGAAUCAACUCGUGAUAGGGGCAUGUAUAACGACUUAUCUCAAAUUACGUGCUCUUAUAAUCACGGAAUUCCCUGACAGGUACACUUCAGCUUAUCUCAAAAGGCCAAAAGGGAUCACAUUCACGGACUUACCACCAGUAGUCGUUGCACCAUUUGCUUUUGCAAUUCAACAACUCGGCGCUGUCAACAUCGCUAACCUCACUCAUAAGGCAUGUUAUGUCCCAGUUCUCCCUCCUACAGGACAUCAAUACGGACUUUCGAAUAACCAAAUUUGGGACCUCAACUCACAACACCUCUCUGAGGAAAUGUUCGAGUUGAAGCUCCCGUUCCCGGAGGUCAACUACACUUCAGCGAUGGCCGUGACACACUCACUCUUCCUGCUCAAGACGGACCACGGAGAGCUUGACCCAUCAAAUGCUAUUUUCGAUCUCAACCACGUCGAUCUGAUUAUCUCCUCGUUCCUCUCGUUGCCGGAUUUGCCUUCGUUAUCCUCGCCGCUCUCUAUUGGCUGCUCCUUCGAUCGGGUGGUUGAGAAAUUGUUGGAAGCUUCUGAUGAUGACUCCGUUCACGAUCGCACACUCCAACUCGCGUCGCUUCUUCAAGAUACCACCAAAAGAUUAUCUCGAAAACACGCUUCUCUCCACAAUUCCAAUUCUUGGUUACUCCCUCAUGAACUUACCAUUAAGGUGUUUUCGUUGGUUGAUACAAAAUCCCUGAUGCAAGCAUCAGCGUGUUGCACCAUGUUCAAAAAGUGUGCCAAUGACUCUUUUUGUUACUCCAACAUUGACUUGACAAACGUAAAUGUCAAAAGUAGAGUUGUCCGUAGUAUGAUUUUUAAGGCUGUAAAAGAACUCAGGGAUGUUGAUUCAUUAGAUAAAGUAUUAGAUUGUCUCACAAGAAAAUGUCAGCAUCUGUUCUUAGAAAAACAGUUAUUAGAAAAACAGAUUGGACCUGCUAGCUCGAUCUCUAUAUGUGGUUCUUCCUUUGAGAGAAACUGCCCCAAUAUAACUUCACUAUCACUCAUAGGUUUUGGCCUAAGUGACAAGAAAGUCUACCUUCUUAUUAAGGGUUUGCGUAAGCUUAAGUACCUGAACCUAUCCAGAAAUUCUAUAAUCAAAGGACGCUUUUUGAGGGAUGUGAACCAUGACUGCAAAGACUCUCUGCUCGAGACUUUGAUAUUGCGAGAUUGCAAUUCUAUAGAGGAGAGAAAUGUUUGCCAGUUUUUGGAUUCGUUGUUACUCGUAGGACACUUGAGAUUCAUUCGACACAUUGACGUUUCAAAUGAGGCCGGAUUAAUUUAUGGCGGCAAGAGAUGUAGCAAACCAAAGUUUCCUCUGGAAGAGCUGAAUGAAGAAAGACCAGUAAUGCAAAUAUACAAGUUUGGUGCUCUUUCGCGGCGAGCUCAGCAGCUACAUACAUCCUUGAAUGGACUCAAACGAAGAUACAACAACGCAAACAGUGCAUCAAAUUUCCAUUCGUCGAAGAGCUCUACUCAAACCCAAAUCCAGAAAUCGCAGACCAAACCUCUCCCUAAAUCUGGAGACUCGGAUAUAAAAGAGUGGAAUGUUGCUAUAAGCAGCUACAUGCGUACUGGAAGGUGCAGCGAAGCCCUUCGUGUCUUCAAACGCAUGCCUAGGUGGAGUUCCGUUUCUUAUAACGCUAUGAUAUCUGGGUAUUUGAGAAAUGACGUUGUUGCUCUCGAGCUUGGGAAGCAAUUGCAUGGACGAUUGGUUAAAGGCGGGUAUGAGACUGGGUGCUUUGUUGGGAAUGCGCUUUUGUUGAUGUAUUGCAAAUGUGGAAGCAUAGAAGAAGCUAAUGACUUGUUUAAGGAGAUGGCUGGGAAGGACAUUGUCUCUUGGAACACAAUGAUUGCAGGUUAUUCAAGGCACGGGUUUGGAGAAGAGGCUUUAAGGUUCUUCGAGUCGAUGAAGAGAGAAGGACUGAAGCCAGAUAAUGCUACCAUGGUUGCGGUAUUAUCUGCGUGCAGUCACACAGGACUUGUUGAUAAAGGCAGGCAAUAUUUCCAUACGAUGACUCAAGACUAUGGCGUAACGCCUAACUCACAACACUACGCUUGCAUGGUCGAUCUUCUCGGUCGAGCUGGGCUUCUAGAAGAAGCUCACAAUCUAAUGAAGAACAUGCCCUUUGAGCCAGACGCUGCAAUUUGGGGAACUUUACUCGGUGCAAGCAGAGUCCAUGGAAACACAGAGCUAGCUGAAACAGCUGCAGAUAAGAUUUUUGCAAUGGAGCCUGAAAAUUCCGGUAUGUAUGUUCUUCUCUCUAAUCUAUACGCUUCUUCUGGUCGAUGGGGAGAUGUAGGUAAACUACGAGUGAGAAUGCGGGAUAAAGGGGUGAAGAAAGUUCCAGGGUACAGUUGGAUUGAGAUUCAGAACAAGACUCAUACUUUCUCGGUUGGGGAUGAGUUUCAUCCUGAGAAAGACGAGAUCUUUGCGUUUUUGGAGGAUCUGGAUUUGAGAAUGAAGAAAGCAGGGUAUGUUUCCAAGACGAGUGUGGUUCUUCAUGAUGUGGAAGAAGAAGAGAAGGAGCGUAUGGUUCGGUACCAUAGCGAGAGACUGGCUGUAGCUUAUGGGAUAAUGCGUGUGUCUUCGGGGAGACCGAUCCGUGUGAUAAAGAAUCUGCGUGUGUGUGAGGAUUGUCACAAUGCCAUCAAGUAUAUGGCCAAAAUCACAGGGAGACUGAUUAUUUUGAGGGAUAAUAACAGGUUUCACCAUUUUAAGGAUGGUUCAUGUUCUUGUGGAGACUACUGGUGAAGCCAUGAUGAUUCCAUUUCAUCUUUGAUUCAAUCUAACCGUUGACCAAUUAGAGAAGAAAAUGGGUUCUGUCUUCGUUUUGCAGAAGGUGAAGGAAGUGUUUUGCAUUGGCGUAUCUCGCCUGAUUUCACCAUUGAUGUAAGCAAAUUGGGUAAAAAUUACACAAUAUAUUAUGGCCUUGUUC